AUGGCAGCCUGCUGCAUCCACUACUCACUGCUCGUCCUCCUGCUGGGCGUCACCCCCUACUCAGGUACUCUGAAAUGUCACAGUGGGACCUUGAUGAAAUUUGGCAGUGGCUUCACUAAGGAAGCUGUUACGUGGUCACCACAAGACACCAUAGAAACACAACCUGGGGAGAUAUGUCAGGAGACAUUCCUGGUAGUAGACGUAGGUCCAAAAUCUCUCCUACUGGGGAGCAAAGGCUCGGGCAAAGGUACGGAAUGGAGUGAAGACCAUGUCAACCAUUAUGCCCAAGAACCUGGAAUAGUGGCUGCCGUGUAUACCAAUUUCUGCUCAGACCCUGUGUGUAACAAUGCUACCAGCAGCGAUGUCCUAGUCACUCACCUGAAAAUCCCAUCUCUCUUUGAUACAAGUACCACCAGGUGUCCUGUCUGCUUAACGGAUAAGGCUUUCUGCCCCAUCAACUUUGUCUUCUGUCCCAAGAACACUGCUUGCUAUUCCGGUGGCAUUACAGUUAAGGGAGCACACCUAUCCAAGGUCAAAAUCUCAAGCCUGAAUGAGUCAGUCUGGGAAGGUCUGUUGUCACAUAAAUUAACGUGUGAGCCUAAGACUCAAAAUUCAAUCUACCUGUGGAGGAUAAAUGGCCAAAGCAUCACAGAAGAUGGCAAGAGGAAGCUGUCUGAUGACAACAGAACUCUCACUUUAUUUAAUAUUGUGAGGAAUGACACAGGACCCUAUGAGUGUGAAGCCCGGAACCCAGUGAGCACCUCCCGAAGUUUUCCAUUCUAUCUGGAAAUUUCCUAUGGUCCAGAUGACCCCAUCAUAUCUCCCUCAAAUACUCAUUUCCAUUCAAGGACAAACCUCAGCCUCUCCUGUGAUGCAGAGUCUAUCCCACCUGCACAGUACUCUUGGUUUGUCAAUGGAGUGCUCCAGGCAUCCUCCCAAGAGCUCUUUAUCCCCGACAUCACUACUAAUAAUAGUGGGCCCUAUACCUGCUUUGCCCAUAACUCUGUCACUGGCCUCAAUAGGACCACAGUCAAGAUCAUUACAGUCCUUGAGCCAGUGACUCUACCCGUCAUCCAAGUCACCAAAACCUUAGUCAAAGAAAAUGACCACGUGAUGCUGACCUGCCUCUCAAACGACACUGAGAUCUCCAUCCAUUGGCUCUUCAAUGGCCAGAGUCUCAGGCUCACAGACAGGAUGAAGCUGUCCCAGGACAACAGUACCCUCAGCAUAAACGCUUUCAUUAAGGAGGAUUCUGGGGAGUAUGAGUGUGAGGUCUCUAAUACAGUCAGUUCCAAGAGGAGUGACUCCAUCCAGCUGGACAUGAUGCGUGAGUAA